GUUUCUCAUCAAAUUGCUUCAGAACUCAUUCAUUUUGAUUUGAGUUCAACUUGUGACCUUUUUUUGUCCUUCUCAAUUGCUUAUAGAUAUCUUUUCGCCAAGAAAUAGAGUAUCAGAUCAACAACAGAAGAGUUCGAGUUCAAUUAUUGUUGAGAGGAUUCAAAAGAGCUGAGUCUUUUACAUCUAUGGGAGAAGAAUCUAUUUUUUCUCCAGAUAGAUAUAAUUGAUGAAUGAUGAAGAAAGCAAGUACUUGAUAAUCAUGAACUCAAAAAAGCAAGAAACUAGUGGUGAUGACACCAACAACAGGAAAAUAUUGUCAAGGACUACUACUACUACUACUCCAUCAUGUUCUUCUUCAAGGAAGUCAUCUUCAUGGGAUGCAGGGUUUAAAAAUCCAAGAAUUGUACGCGUAUCGCGUACCUUUGGAGGGAAAGAUAGGCACAGUAAGGUGUGUACUGUAAAGGGAUUAAGAGACAGGAGAAUUAGACUUUCAGUACCAACAGCAAUUCAAUUGUAUGAUCUUCAAGAUAGGCUUGGGUUAAGCCAACCUAGCAAAGUUGUAGAUUGGUUAAUAGAUGCAACUAAAGAUGAAAUUGAUAAACUUCCACCUUUACAAAUGCCACCACCAUCACUAUCUCAUUUCUUCAAUCAUCAACAUAUUGUUGAUGAUAAUUCUACUUUGAGAUCAUCAUCAGAAACAGGAUUUGGAAAAGAAAAGUGGAUUGCCACAAAUGAUCAUCAACAAGAAGAAAGUAGUACUGAUCAUUUCUUUCAAUCUUCUAAUUUAGGCAUGUUAAACACCUUCAACAAUAAUAAUAAUAAUAAUAAUAAUGCCUUGACUAGCCAUAAUUGGGAACCUAAUUCAAAUUUGUCAUUAGGUCCAUUUGGAAAUUACCACUCCUCCUUUUCAUCAUCACAAGAUCAUCAAUGUCAACAACAAAAUACUAUGUCUUUUCCUUCAGUCUCUCAUCAUCAACUAUAUUUGUCAUCUCUUGUUCCUCCAUAUAAUUCCCAUUUCCAUCCGCAUUCUCUCGUGCCAACUCUUCAGUUAACCAGUACUCCAGUGAAAUCUUCCUUCAGUUUGAAUGACAAUAAUAAGGGGCAUAGCUUUCAAGAUCAUCAUCAACACAACCAUAAAGAAGGCAGUGGUUCUUAAGCAUAUUGGAUCAGAAGACAUUAUUCUUGCUUCACAGAUAUUAUACAACAAUUAAUACAGUAAGACAUUAUUCUAUCUAUCUCUUUUAUGUUUAUAAAUUAACUUUGUUCUACCACUAUGUAUGUGGUCAGUAUUAGUAUAUAUAAUUUGUUAGAAGCAUAAUUUUGAAUAUUUUAAAUUAUGAAGUGA